UUGGUUUCCAAAUCAAUCCUAACUCGAAAGUAGCGAUGAAUCUUGUAUUCUCCUCCUCCCCUACCUCAGUCUCGCUCACAAGAACCAGUCAUCCAAGAAUGCUAGUUCCAGGACAGCUACUACAAGCGUAUCAUACAACAAGAGGGAAACAAGCCAUUGUCUCAAACUCAUCAUCAUCAAAGGUCAUUGAUCCUACUCCGGCAGCUCAACGCCGAUUAGCUCAAUACCAUCCAACCAUUUGGGGUCCCGACCUCAUCGACUCCUUCACCACUCACUACACUUAUGAAUCACAUGGCACACGUUUGGAGGGUCUAAAGAAGAAUGUAGCCAAAGCCAUAGUCGCAUCCAGUAUUAAAGACGAUGCUUGCUCCAUUUUGAAGCUUAUAGCCUCGGUGCAGCGGUUGGGAGUAGCAUACCACUUCCGAAAGGAAAUCCAAGAAGCUCUAGCUACUCUUCUUUCUUCCAAUACUCUUAGUACCACAAAUGAUCUUCAUACAGCGGCCUUGCAAUUUCAAAUACUAAGAGAAAAUGGUAUAUCUGUAAGCUCAGAUUUGUUUAACAAGUUUAGAAGUGGAGAAGGAAGCUUCAAAGAUAGCUUAAGCAAUGACGUGGAGGGACUUUUGAGUUUGUACGAAGCCUCACACCUUGGAAUGCCAGGAGAAGAUGUUCUGGAGGAAGCCAAGAGAUUUAGUUCGAAAAUUUUGAAACAAUCCGUGGCAACAGUAUUGAACGACGAUAAUCUAACGAAGCGAGUAAAGAAAUCACUGCAAACCCCUGUACACUGGAGGAUGCCGAGGAUAGAAGCUCUGAACUUCAUCGAUAUGUACCAAAGGGAUGAUUCUAAGAACCUGGCACUCUUGGAGUUGGCUAAAUUGGACUAUAAUCUUGUUCAAUCAGUAUAUCAAAUUGAGAUAAAGGAGCUUUCUAGGUGGUGGAGAAAGUUGGAUUUUAAAUCGAAGGCAAGUUUCUCAAGGGACAGACUGAUGGAGAGCUAUUUGGGGGCAAUGGGGAUUAGUCAUGAGCCCCAAUUCUCAGAAUGCAGGAUAGGCCUCACCAAGUUUAUGUGCAUAUUAACAGUCAUUGAUGACAUGUAUGAUGUAUAUGGAUUCCUGGAUGAGCUUGAGUGCUUUACAGAUGCAGUAAUUCAAUGGAAUAUGGAAGCAAAGGAGAAACUUCCCGAGUACAUGAAGCCAAUCUAUAUUGCCCUGCUCGAGUUUGGCAAUGAAUUGUCUGAUAACGCAUUCAAAAAUAGUGGUUUAAACCCCCUCCCUUGUAUUAAGAACGAGUGGGUUAAUCUUUGUAAAACCUAUAUUGUGGAAGCACGGUGGUUCUAUGGCGGAUAUACACCAACUCUGGAAGAGUAUUUAAAGAAUGCAUGGACUUCAGUGGGUGGUCCUGCAGUAAUGCUCCAUGCUUAUUUGUUAACCGAAGGAUGCCAACUAACAGAAGCUUCACUCGAGUCCUUUAACCAUGGCUUUCAACUGAUAUAUUGGUCAUCCAUCGUGACUCGACUCAAUGAUGAUCUUGGCACUUCCAAGCCUGAGGGCGAGAGAGGUGAUGUCGUAAAAUCCAUUCAAUGCUACAUGGAAGAAAAAGGCGUAUCGGAAGAAGAAGCACAGGAUUACAUAAAGGGUUUAAUCAGCUAUUCAUGGAAGAAAAUCAACCAAGAGAGUGCCAAAACUAGCAUACCAAAAUCCAUUGUAAACCUGUGUCUGAAUAUGGCUCGGACUGCUCACUGCAUUUAUGAACAUGGGGAUGGUAUUGGAAACUCAAUUGGGGUGACUAAGGAUCGUUUGAUCUCUUUGAUUACAAAUCCUAUCCCGGGAUAG